CGACGAUGCCUGCCAUCGUCUCCCCCUGCCUCUGCACGACCUUUGUCACGUACCCUUCCGUUUUUGUUUCCUUGACAAAAACAUAACAUAUCCAAGAUGCCGCCCUACGUGUUCGGACUCGACCUCGCCAAGAUCAGGUUCUCCGCGUUCAAGUCGUCGAACAUGUUCAACGGCCUGAGCUACCUGCGGAGCGAGCGAUUUAUCGUGUACCAGCUCGCGAUGAUCAUCGUCGUGUGUGCAGAGUCGACAGCGACGUACGCGAUGUCCAGAUACCUGGACAUGCAAGAAUCGCUGCAAAGCACAUACCCGGGCUCGUACAUGUACAACAAUGACAUCGUCGGCGCCGCUUCGCUCACGAUCUUCGCUGGCGUCUGGACUGCAAUCGUCUACGGCACGCUCUUCUUCUUCCUCCUCUUCUGGCCCGACUCGCGCGAGACGCCGUUCUGGGCAAUGGUCAAGAAGGCCUCUGCGAUAUUCUGCACGCUCGUCGUCCUGGCCUCGUGCAUCUGGUCGACAAUUGUUGUUACGACCAAGUCGGCGUGGAUAAGCGGCGUGCCCAGUCAGCUGGGGAAGACGGUGCAGCCGAAUGUGCCGUUGAUGUACUCCCACUACGCACACAAUAUUGCAUGGAUAGUGCUCCUCUGGCUUGGCUGGAUCUUCGUCGUCGCGAGUAACGUCCUCGUAUUCAUUGCCUCACGGCAUCACAUUCGAAGUGACUCGGACAACAUAUCCUCGUCUGAGCGCGCGCUGAAGGAACAGAACGGCAGCGGGCGGUACUAAAUCCGCGGUC